AAUGAGACCCUUUGCGUCUUCCUACCCACUUCAAAUAUGGCCGCCAAGCCCCAGUCUCCUUUACCACCUGAUCGGCGACAGCUCUGGCUUCAUGCCCGUUUCCAAAAGGGCCUCCUCCCGCGGGACUGCAGUUCUGAGUGCGCAGGCGCGAAAGCAAGUCCUCUUCCGGGCAAAAUGGCGGUGGUAUUGAUGUGCGGACGCCGGGAGCUUCUGCGCCUGCUACGGCCGCAGCGUCAGUUCCACCGCGUCGCAGGGCCGUCGCAGUGGCCCCGGAGACCGCUGACCGCUGGGCUCCUGUUCCCCGCCGGCCGGUGCUGCGGGCGCCCGCACUAUGUCCUCCUCGCGGCCUCCGGCCCCCGUGGCCUCAGUACCUCUGCCGUCUGGUUCGCAGAAGCCCAGGUUCAGGUUCCUCCAGUCAUUCCUGCAACUCCCUCACCUCCAGCGGUGACUGAGGUGGCUUCUGGAGAGACUGCAGAUGUAGUUCAAGCCGCUGCAGAACAGAGCUUCGCUGAACUGGGGCUGGGGUCAUACACCCCAGUGGGACUGAUCCAGAACUUACUAGAAUUUAUGCAUGUUAACCUCGGCUUACCUUGGUGGGGAGCCAUUGCUGCAUGUACAGUCCUUGCCCGCUGCCUGGUGUUUCCUCUCAUCGUGAAGGGCCAACGAGAGGCAGCCAAGAUCCACAACCACCUGCCAGAGAUCCAGAAGUUUUCCACUCGGAUCAGAGAGGCCAAGUUGGCAGGAGACCAUGCUGAGUUUUACAAGGCCUCCUCGGAGAUGACACUUUACCAGAAAAAGCAUGAUGUUAAACUCUUUAGACCUCUCAUUCUACCUCUGACUCAGGCCCCGAUCUUCAUCUCCUUCUUCAUUGCUUUGAGAGAAAUGGCCAACCUUCCUGUGCCCAGCCUGCAGACAGGUGGCCUCUGGUGGUUCCAAGAUCUCACCCUAUCUGACCCCACCUACGUAUUACCACUGGUAGUCACUGCUACAAUGUGGGGUGUCCUUGAGUUAGGUGCUGAGACUGGUAUGCAAAGUUCUGAUGUUCAGUGGAUGAGAAAUGUUAUCAGAUUGAUGCCCCUGGCAGUCCUGCCCAUAACUAUCCAUUUCCCCUCGGCGGUGUUCAUGUAUUGGCUCUCCUCCAAUAUGUUCUCCCUGGGCCAGGUGGCUUGCCUCCGGAUCCCAGCUGUACGCACUGUGCUUAAAAUCCCCCAGCGUGUUGUGCAUGACUCUGACAAGUUACUUCCACGGGAAGGCUUCUUCAAGAGCUUCAAAAGAGGCUGGAAGAAUGCUGAAAUGGCACAUCAGCUACAAGAGCGGGAGCGACGCAUGCAGAAUCACCUGGAGCUAGCAGCCAGGGGUCCCUUACGACAGACCUUUACCCACAACCCCCUGCUACAGCCUGGCAAGAAUCACCCUCCCAACACCCCUAACAGCAGCAGCACCAAACCAAAGUCAAAGCAGCCCUGGCGUGACACGCUUGGCUGAAUUCUGUUCCCUGGUCUUACUGGCAGGAACUCUCUCUCUUCAAAGACUCAACCUCACAACAAGAGUUGACACUGGGUCCUUGCCCCAGACCUAGAAACCGUGGGACGUGGAAAUGUUCCUUUUUAAAAGUGGAUUCCACUACAGACUCUUAGACCUAAGUGUAAAAAGCACUGGGGAGCCAAGUGAUCUUCCCAUCCAGAGUUAGUAAACUUCUGUACUACAUGCUGCUUCCUGAUACUUAUUAACCAGGGAAAUGGAUUGUGUGCUUCAGAAAAAUGAGGAGUAGGUUGAGUGGUGAUUACUCUUGCUGACCAUGCUCUUAGCAAGUUUUGAGUGGUAUCCAUGGCAUUAAGAGCUUAGGCCCCAUUGCAUAGAUGUGUUCCAUCCACAUUUGCAUUGCAGUCAUAGAGGUGUGCCUCCUAAGUUCAGAUUGUAUCUAAAUAGAAUAACCACAUUUGUUUACCCCAAGAUUACCUAUAAAAUAUCCUUCAAGUAGUA